GAGCAGUGAAACAGACUCGUGGGCAGCCUCCUAGCCCAUGCUGCGCUGUCUGGUCGUCCUGGCUGCCUGCUCGCACUCGGCGGACGCAGUCUCCAUGCCGAGGGCGCAUCUUCUGCGCGGCAGCGCAGCAGCGCUUGCGGCGGUGCCGCUGAGCGCAAUUGCGAGAUCCAAAGCCACCGUUGCGCCAAACAAAGUGGAAGGCGCCGGCGCGAAUGCUGGGCAGUACAUGAGCGAGUACCGCAAGAAGGAGUACGAGGACAUCAGGGGCGACAAGGGCGUGCGCGGCGUCGCGUCCAAGGAUUUUGACGCCAAUGACACGGUGCAGAAGAAUCGGAAGCAGAACGGCGGCCUUGCGCGCGAUGCCUCGGGACGGAAGGUCGUGGAGGCCAACCGGAAUCGCAGCCCGGCAGAGCUUGGGCUCAAGCAGUGGGACGGAAGCUGAAGGAGGCCGUGUGGCUCGAGGCGCCGGACAGGCUUACUUACUCCUCUCUCCGCUCCUCGUCCUGGCAUACACACCUGCAUGUGAAAGCGCUGUAGACUAGCUGGGCGUCGUGCUCCUUUUAUAACUCUCACGUAACAAU